AUGAAAUUCUUCAUCAUCCUGCUGCUUGGCAGCCUCACCUACACCUCCCUCGGUGCUGUCCUGCCUGGGCCCGGAGAUGAACUCCAUGUGAAGACUCAGAGUUCAGACACUGUCCCAGCUGCCCAGUUUACCCCUACCAGCCAGGCCAGCAAGGAGCACGCUUCCAGUGAAGACCCUUCCAAGGAGCCUUUCUUCUUCAGAGAAGUGAUUUCCAGUGACGAUGUGGUGAUAGAAUAUCCCAAGCCAAAGAGUCAUAAGGCCCAGUCGUAUCACUCCCCACUUCAGGGCAGCCCCAAGAGUGCUACGUUUCAGUCGGAGGAGACCACGGGACUCACUCCCACAGCCGGUAUGAGCCGGGAAGAAGGGAAGUCAACUACUUCAGAGGAAAAACUAGCCAAAAUCAGCCAUGCAAUGGGGAAGGAUCUGGAUAAAAUGGUUAAAGUACUUACGAAUUAUGCGGAAGGCAUGAUCCCUGGUUCCAACGGCAUUGUGAAGCCAUAA